AUGCCCCCCAAGAGGAAGAAGAAAGUCGCUGUUCACGUAGUAGGAACCGUAUCUACCAGGUCAACUAGAAGGCAAAGUGUUGUAAAUAUUGAUAUACCCAAACCCAAGGCGAUUCCCAAGAAUAAAUCCGGUGCAAGUCCUGAAAAUUUGGCCAGCACAAAGGACGCGGCAAAUGCAGAACACGCUGAAGAAUUCACCGAGCAAAUUAAAUGUUCUUUUGAUACUCUCGUCAAUUCCUCACCGCAAACUUCGAAAGUAAAACAAGGUGGAGUGGAAAAAGAUAACAGAGCUCUGUUGGAGAUAUUGCAAGACUGGGAUGAUGAGGAGGAUGACGAUUCAACAGACAACGUUCCUACGCAAAGUACUCAGACAUCUUCAAUUACCACUAACAAUCAAUCUUCUGAUUACGAUAAAAAUAAAUGCGAAUUAUCUGAAAAUAAACAAAUGGAGCUAAUGCUAUCAGAGGGAUUAGAAGAAGAAGAUGUUCAAUUAGAGAAAACUGAAGAGGUCACUUCAUCCCAAACUAUCGAGGAAUACGAUAAUAGUACGAACGAUAAAGAUGACUUCAAAGUAAGUGAAGAAGACAGUCUGUCUAGAGAUGUAAAUAUCGAAUCUCCCAAAGAUGAAAACUCUACUUCAUUGAGCGGUGGUAUUCAGAUGGAGGAAGUUAUAAUCGAAGAAAAUGCUUCAGUUCCUUUCGCUGAUGAUAUUCUAAUAGUGGAAUCCCAAGAAAACGAACAAACUGUCGAAUGUGAGCAAGAAAAUACCGUUUUGCAAGAAGAGGUCAUUGAAGAGAAAAGCGAGCAGGAAAUUCCUGAUACUCCUCAAGUUGUUGAAUAUAAACCUGUCGAUGAUCAACUUGAAGAAGAAAAGUUGCCUGUACAAAGUGAAGAAAUGGAUUGUUCCGAAACCGCAAUAGUUGAAAAUAAAGAAAGUGUUCAGUUAGAUGAAUUAGAAAAUGUAUUACCUGAUAAGGAACCCUCUAUAAUAGUAAAAGAUACACCAGAAAAAAUGGAAUGUGAAUCUGAAGAUGUAAAUCAGUGCAAAGAAGACACAAUUGUUCCUGAAGAUAAUAAGGAAAAAGUAGAAGAAAUGAUUUCUGAUGCUCCGAUGAACUUUUCCAUGCUGACAAAAGAAGAAAAAGAGGAGAUAUACGAACAUUUAGAAAAUAAAGUAGCAGAAAUGAAUUUAGCAGGAAAAUCAGUCGACACAACAUUAAUAUCUGGAACUACACAAGAAAAAGCAGACUCUACCCUUGAACUUAAAUUAGACACACAAGACAAACCUAAAAAAUCCCAAAAGAAGAAAGAAAGGUCUAUUAAAAAGACAUCCAAUGAAGCUAAAGUACCGAAGUCACCACCAAAACUCGAUAAAGACAAUAAAGUUCCUAAUAGGCAACCUAAAACUAAACCUUCGAAACCAUCAAAACUUCCAACCUUCAGAACGAAAAAGGAAAGGAAACCUAGAGAACCGAAAACCAAGAAAUCCACCACGAGCGAAAAACCCAAAAAGCCCAAAGACAACUCCAAAGAGCAAGACAAACCGGAUCCAAAAAAAUCCGACAAAAAACUCACCAAAUUCGAAGAAGCCCUGCAAGGCAUAAGCAAAACCGACACCGAGGGCGAGGAAAUACGAAGAUCCUCCAGAAUAAAACACAUCAACGUAAUGAACAAGAAAACCUCCGGUUGGGGCCUGGUGAAAUCCAAGUCAGAAACCUCGCUCAACGACAGCGAUAUAUCGGACAGCAAUUCCUUCUUGACAGAAUCCGAUAAGAGCACUCCAACAGCUUCCCCGAAAGUCACCAGCAAAGAGCGCAAAUCAAAAGUGGGUAACGGAGCGCCCGAAUCCCCAUCGCUCACGCCCCUUAAAACCGACAAUCAAGUGGUGAUGCCCUUCAAGAACGAAUUCAACUCCAAGCAGCGCGCCAAAGAUCCUAUCGUAGAGGCCAGACUGAAGCAGUUUGUGCAUUUGAAGGAAAACUUGUACAAAACGGACAGAUCGGGGUGUAAAGAGGCGAAAAAGAUGCUAUGCGACUGUUUUUUGACCCAAGAAGAGCUAGAUAAUAAUGAUUACGGGUGUGGGGAGGAAUGUCUUAACAGACUCUUGUUAAUAGAAUGUGGAAAUCUGUGCACGGUGGGCGAUAGAUGCACCAACAAACGUUUUCAGAAGAACCUGUUCGCUCCUGUGGAAGUUUUCAACACCGAAAAGAAGGGUUUAGGGCUGAGAGCCGCCGCGAAUAUUCCAUUCGGCGAAUUCAUAUUGGAGUACGUCGGAGAAGUGCUGAAUAUCGACGAGUUUGAAAAGAGGGCCGAGGGUUAUUCGCAAGAUCAAAAUAUCCAUUACUAUUUCAUGGCUUUGAGAGCUGAUGCUGUUAUCGAUGCCACCAUGAAAGGAAACAUAUCCAGAUUUAUAAAUCAUUCGUGCGAUCCAAACGCCGAGACGCAAAAGUGGACCGUUAAUGGAGAGCUUAGAAUAGGAUUUUUCAGUACGAGAACGAUAUUGGCUGGCGAAGAAAUUACCUUUGAUUACAGAUUUCAACGUUACGGCAAAGAAGCUCAAAAAUGUUAUUGCGGAGCGAGCAUUUGCCGGGGUUGGUUAGGUGAGCAACCAGAUUCCGAUGAUGAAGAGGAAGAGGAGGAAGAAGAAGAGGAAGAAGACGGUAAAUCGAGUGCUGCGUUACAAAAGCACGAAAGUGACGCGGUUUCUUCAGAAUUUGGAGAUUCCAAAGAUGACCUUAAAAAGGACAUUAAAGGAGACAAAGACGCUGACGAGACUUCUUCGCAAGUUGAAAAUGACACUGCACAACCGAAAUCUAGUCCAAUUAAGAGGAGAGUACAAAAGAAGAAACCUAGAAUUGAAAUGUUUGAAGAAAUAGAUCAAUUGAACGAAGAAAUAGAUAUGCUAGUCACCACUGGAUUGAAGAACCAAGCUCAUACUCUGAAACUCAGUAGGUUGAUGGUCAGAGCUAAAGAACCACAACAAAGGGCCAAGUUACUACGAGUUCUUCGACGUGGAGAAUUACCUUGUAGAAGACUUUUCUUGGACUAUCAUGGUCUGAGAUUGAUGCAUGGUUAUAUGAUAGACGCUCAACAAUUGGUUCAUACAAACAAGAAAUUUGAAUCCGUACGUUUGGAAAUGCUGCAAACCUUAGCAGUUUUACCAAUACCCAAUAAAACAAUGCUCCAAGACAGCAAAGUGUUAUCCACUGUAGAAAAAUGGGCUUCCAAUAAGAACUCAACUUCCCCUGAUGAUUCAGAAAGCAAUUCCCCUAAAGACGCUGACACGACGCUUAAACCAACAGAUUCAACAGAUUGUAAGGAGACUAUUAAGGAAGAAUCUUCAGAAAAAAGCGCCGAAGAUCAAGAAGAAGAAAUUAGAUUUUUAGCAUCGAAACUCCUGGAAGAAUGGAAGAACUUGAAAGAGGUGUUUAGGAUUCCCAAAAAGGAGAGAAUCGAGCAAAUGAAGGAGCACGAAAGGGAAGCCAACAAGAAAUUCAUGCAAACAAAACAGAACACCUACGAAAGUGAGGAUUACAGGAAAAUUGAUAGAUACAGAGGACUAACAAAAAGUAAAGUAGAAAGGGAUUCCAACAGAAGACCUAAAUUAGGCGACAAACCGAGCGCGGAAUUUCUGAGAUUAAGCAAAGUGGAACGACGAAAAUUAUUUGCUUUGCAGCACGAGUUGAAAGAAGAAGAGAGGAAACUGAAGCAAAGGGAAAUGUGGAGACAACACGAAAUGAAUUGUAUGUUGAUUGGAGCCGAUCCUAGAUUCACAGCGCCAUUUGAUCCCAGCAGAGGCUACCAGUACAUCUGGAACCAACAAAUUGGUCAAUGGCAAACGGUUCCUUUACAGUCGAACCCGCGAAUCUACCAUUCGCAAACCGCUCCUCACAUGAACAUGACGCAGUUGCCGCAUAUACAGAAAUCAUUACCCAAUUACCAGUACCCGGGUCCGAUAAAUAUGCAGAAUAAUUUACCUAUGCAAAUACCAACUUUGCCUCAAACUGGCAUCCAAGCACAUUUACCUCCUAUAGCUCCAAAUCCAGGCGUCUCCCAAAUGUAUCCGGGACAAGCUCAAAUUCCGUUGACUACUCCACCGCUACCUCAGAUUAUUCAAGAUGAUCCAUCUCAAGUCAAGUUUAUGGGUCCCAUUCCGCCUCCUGCCAAGCUACCGCCCAAGUGGAAAUGUGCCAAAGAUAAAUACGGGCGACCAUAUUAUUACCACGUCAAAAUCAGGAAGAGCCAGUGGGAACCGCCUCCCCUGCCUCCGGAACUAUCAGAAUCGGAAUCGAGCUCCGAAUCCAGCACGGUAAGUUCGGAUUCCAGUUCCGAUAAUUCCGAUAGCGACGAUGAUAUCGACGACACGAAAUUAUUGCUGGAAGUAAGGAGGCAAAUGGACAGUAUACCGAGUAUGUCGAAAGCACUGCCAGACGAAACGCUGCCCGAGACUGUCGAUGACAUUCCCGCGAAAACUCCAAGUCCUGAUGAGAAGCUGGAAGAUAUUGUCGAUAUAAACGUGGACGAGUUAAAACAGAAAGCUUUGCCGCGAGAUGAAGAUUCGAUGGAUAUGAGGCCGUCGAUCGAUAUGAGACUGAAAGAGCUGGACUUGUUUAACGACGAUAAACCGCCGAAGAAGAAACGAAGGGUGGGAUUAUGCGAAGAAAUUAUCAUAAGCCCUAGAACUGAGGAGGAUAAGAAGCAGUUUAAAGAAGAUCUCAAGAGAUAUAAAGCGAACAAAGAAAAAUUAAAGCGGCAAAAAGAAAAGAUUCUCAUGCAGACUAAAAAGCAACUAAAGGAUAUCGAAAUGAAGAAGGUGAAAGAAAAGCGGUUGGUUAAAGUGAAGCUGAAAGAAAAGCCGGAUUUCAAUAGCGAGGCUGCCAAAAAAAUUAAAGAAAACUUUAGGACGAAUAUGGCGUCUACAGUUGUCGGUUCUCUAAACGUUUACAGAAAGCCAGAUUGCAUGGAAGGAAGAAUAACAAAUAAUCAAGACUUUAAACAUUUAGCCAGAAAGCUAACACAUUUUGUGAUGCUUAAAGAGAUGAAACACUUGACUAGGAUUGAAGAUUUAACUUGUACUGAUAAUGUUAAGACGAAGGCCAGGGAGUUUAUAAGGAAAUACAUGAGUAAAUUUGGUGAAGUGUACAUCAAACGAAGCGAUUCUCCUGAAUUCAAAGACUAA